AUGAACGACACACCGAUGGUGGUUUGGUACCAUUUAGCGUCAGACAUUAAUCGACAGGCUGCCGAGUUCAAAUUCAAUUAUUCCUGGAAGCCAAUUUGCCAGUGUGGCGAAUUGGAGUUGCAAGCAGAGGAAGGCGUUUGGAAGCAACUUACAUCACCGGAUUAUCCGAACAAUUACUGCAAUUCCAUGCAGUGCCAGUAUUUGAUCACCGCACCGCCUGGGUACCAUGUGGCCGUGAAUAUUACAGAACUGUUUCUUGAACCAAACGAAGAUGUUCUUGCUAUUUUCGAUGGCUCCAAUAUCACAGAUCAACGAAUACGGCUGUUUGUUUUCGUCUUCUUUUUUUUUGGGCAUUGA